AUGGUGGUAAAAACUAGAGGGAGACCAGCUACCAAAGCUGCGGCAGUGGAGGCAGAGCCCUCAAAAGCCGCUGACCCCAAAGUCAAAUUACAGCCAGAUGAUACCAACCCGCCGAGGGUUUUUAUAUUACCAAAGGAUAUCAGCACGGAGGCCCGAAUUAUCACACUCGCAAAUCCUAGAUAUGCAAAGGAUAGUCGAUAUCUUGUAUGCCCCGAUAGAGGUUUCAAUGAAUUUACCCGAAUAGCUGCGCCAAAAAUAACACCUCGAAGUUGGUUACUUGUACCAGAAAAUGGGCCAGCCGUCCCCUUGAGCGAGCAACUACUUAAUGAUGAAGCGAAUGACAAAGGAGAGUCUUCGACGAAAGGUUAUGUCACGAAAGGAGCUGAUCUUUUCAUUGCGACCCCAAUUGACUCCUUAUUCAUUAUCCUCCCUGCUCUUGUACCCCUAUCUACAACUAAAGCUUCAGACCCUCCUAAGAGAUUAUUCCUGUCUGGCGAGGACUAUAUUGACAAGUUAAUAUCUAUAUCACCACAUCUUCGCUCUUUCCUGAGAACCGGUCCCUUACGAACAAGUCUAGAAAAGAGAAUGGCUGCAGUGUGCGACACGGCGGAUGCUGGCGACGAAACAAUGUUGAGAAUAAAUGAGGAAAAGCUAUUCAGUGAACUUUUACAGAAAGCAAAGAAGAUGGCUGAGCACGGGUUGCCUGCUAGCAUGGAGGAAAAACUUAUCAGAAAGGCGCUGGACACACCAGUUUUGAGUAUCAACCGGGGGGAGGAAUCAACCCAUGAAGGAUCAAAAGAGGAAGCGAACACAUCGGCAGAAUCAGGUACUUCUACACCACGAACAGACUCGCAGGACACACAAGCUACAGAUUUAUCUGUAGAUACUGCGGCAAGUUCAUUAUCAGAAGCUUCAACUGCAGCAACAUCAAUAUCGAGCCAUUCGGCUGUUGCAUCUGAAGACGAGAAGAUAAGCGUACCAUCGAUCGAUGCACCUGAGGGUGUUGCAGAUCUGCUGCGCAUCCGCACAGCGUUUUUCUUCAUCUGCUCGAAUUAUAUAGCCCCUCACCUCAGUGAAAUACUGAAGAAGUCUUUGAAAUCUUCAGCCUCACCUGUUGACUUCACUCCCUUGGACAGCCACCUCGCAUAUUUAACGAAAUUACGACAAGACGCUAUGGCGGCCAGGUCAAUGGGUGAUUAUUCGAGAAAGCGAGCAAUGGUCGGAGAUGAUGAAGAGAUAGAGACACGCGCAGAAAAGAAGCGCAAACAGGACGAGGAGGAUAGAAGGAGGAAGGCUGGUGAGAGUCGAGGUGUCAAGAACUUAAAGAAAGUCAACACUAGUGGCAUGAAGAAGAUGAGUGAUUUUUUCAAAAAGAAAUGA